AUGUUGACAGAGUGUUGCGACGUCAUGUUGGCACACAGCCCGCCCAUCUACAGCGGCCCGCCACAGGAUCAUCUGUCCGUGCUCUAUAAGAACUGGUUGGUCGUGAACCAGAAGCAACAGUCGCCGUUGUCGGUGCGCCGGUCGGCGUCCUUCUCGCCGACCCGGUCGGAUGACAGACAGCCGACCACUGUGGCCCACUCGUCGCCCUCCUCCAGCAAGCCCCGCAGACCGUGCCUGGUGAUCAGGGCAGAUUCUGAUGCCAGCAUAGGAUCGUCGUCGUCGAGUUCGUCUUCGGACGAGACCGAGCCGUCUAGUCCGGUCCGGAGGAAAAAGAAAGUCGUCUUCGCCGACGACCGAGGCCUGUCACUGACUCAAGUGCGAUUGAUGAACGAACCGUCAAACCAACCGCCAAAACUGAUGAGCGUCGUCAGACCGUACCUACCCAAGUUGGCUACGUCGUCGUCGUCGUUGUUGUCGUCAUCCUCUUCGUACUAUCAAUCAGAUGUCGCCUGCUCGGGCUCCGGGUCAGUGGCCUCGGCCAAACACCUCCAGCAGCAGCAAAUGUUAGCUGCGGAUCAGCUACUACUGCAGUGGCACCUCAGGUUCUCGCAGCCGGCUUCCAGCUACGUGGAUUUCCGGAAGCGGCUGGACACGGACAACGUGUCGCUGGAGAACGUGAUCAUCCGGUCGCCGGAUAGGCGGAUCGUGGGCACGGUCAAGGUGCGCAACCUGUCCUACGACAAGGACGUAUUCAUCCGGUGCACUCACGACCGGUGGGUCGGCCACGAAGACACGCAGUGCACGUACGUGCAGAACAACGCGAUGAUGAACGCGGCCGCGAACGGCUCCGGCUCGGCCACCGGCCCCGCGCCAAACGUCGCGGCCAUCUACGACACGUUCUCGUUCCAACUUCCGCUGCCCGUCAACACCGCGUCCAUGGAGUUCGCCGUGUGCUACAAGAGCGCCGAGUUCGAGUGUUGGGACAACAACGACGGCAACAACUAUUGUCUGUCCGCGGGCAGCCCGUCCAACGGCAUCCCGCUGCCGCCGCCGCCGCAGCAAUCCGUCCUGUCGCCCGUCCUGGUCGCCGACUUCGAUCACCAUCCGAAGCAGCCCGUCCACUACUUCGGCGCCCAAUCUAGGCAGAACUCGUGGUCCGGGUGGCGCGAGCAGAAAAACGAAGCUUCCGCUUACUGGUGA